CGGGCAUAAUCUCUAAUUUUUUGCUAGAAAGCUAGCCGUUCUAUGCAUCCAGUGCCAGCCCUCUGCGGCGUACCUGCGACUGGUCCCUCUCGAUAGCAUCGUCAAAUCGAAACUCGAAAAUUAAACAGCUUGGCCAGAUUCGAAGCAGUCUCUGGCAUACGCUCGUCGACAGCUCGACGUAAUACAGCCUACCGCAUCUACACCAUACGCACGCACAGAAACACACAACAUCUCUCCGGUUCGAAGUAGGACUCAUCCUAUACACCCUCCACAACUUAUGGCAGAUCUCCUCCAUGACCCCACCGACAUCACCACCGUCAACUCUGCCAUCAAUCCUAAUCCAGAUGGUUUGAGCCCCAGCGAUGACGGGUCAGAGACUAACUCAGGCCCGUUUGAAGGCCCAGAAAAGCUACUGGAGAUCUGGUUCGCUCCGUCACCUUAUGACGUGCCUGAUGCGGCGCAACCAGACGAGAAUGGGAAGUUUGGGUUGAGGAAGGUCAAAAGAGAAGUGUGGGAGGAGAUGCUGGAUCUUGUGAAGUGUAAAGUGUUGAGCGUCGUAGAGGGAAAGGAGAUAGAUGCAUAUCUGCUUAGCGAAUCUUCCCUUUUCAUUUCACCACACCGUCUCAUACUCAAAACCUGCGGCACAACCCUUAACCUUCUCGGUCUUCCCCGUAUCCUUAACAUCGCCGCUACCCAGGCAUCUCUGCCCACAGUCCACCGCUGCUUCUACUCCCGUAAAUCCUACUUUUUCCCCGAGCGCCAGAAAGGACCGCACCGUGAAUGGAAACACGAAGUAGAGUACCUCGACGCCAUUUUCAAGGCUCGGGAUGAUCAUUGCGUCAAACAUACCGAUAGUUUGCACACGCAUGGCGACGGCGCGAGUGGCAGAGGUAUAGGUGGCGCAGCGUACACGGUGGGCAAAGUGAAUGGCGACCACUGGUUGCUCUAUAUCAUGGGGCCAGACGAAGACGGCGAGCAAUCUCAGUUGCCCUCUCCUGUCGCUCCUCCACGCCCCUUGGGUGACACGGAGGCUGCCAACGGCGACGCUGUCACAUCGAACGGGAACGCAAACACACAUAACAUCCAUGGCGAUCGCCUCACGCCGCCCAACACUGACUACACCAUCGAGAUCCUCAUGACGCACCUCUCCCGCCGCGCAGCCAGCGCAUUCGAAUUCGACGAGCCUUCUACGACUGCUGGUGGCGGGGAGGAAAGUCCGCUGGAGAGGGCUCAAACUCUUUCACGUAAAAUUGGCAUAACGGAGCUCUUCCCGGAGGAUGCGACGACGCUCGAUGCCUAUGCCUUCACGCCAUGCGGUUAUUCCGCCAACGCUCUCCUUCGCUGGGGCGAAGACGCUCCCGUCCCCGCCAUCAACGGCGAUGUCCAUCCGCCCGCCGAAGGUGGCGAAGGAUACUACACCAUUCACGUCACACCAGAAGAAGGCUGGUCCUACGCCUCUUUCGAAUGUAACGUCCCCCUCGCUCCAGAUCAUUCCUCCUCCAACGCCGCCGCCAUGAGCCCUACCGACGAAGAACGAGCCAGCGCGCGUGGCCAGAUCCCUGAUAUGCGGACCCUCAUCAGACGGGUAGUCGAUAUCUUCGAGCCGGGGAAGAUUUCGCUGACGUUGUUCAUCAGCUCGGGCGUGGAUGAGGAGGCGGAGCUGGGGCAUAGUGCAGUGGAGAGGGCGCAGAGGGCGUUUAGGGCUGCGUUAUCUGCACCUCCUGGGAAGAGGGCGCCGCCGCCGCCGGUGGACGGAGAGACGAGGGGCGGGAGGGUGUAUAAGAGGACCGACAAGAUCAACUACGAGUUUGGUGGGUACGAUCUCGCGUUCGCGAGUUUCGAGUUGGUGGGGUGAGGUGAUGUUGGUGGGGUCGGCGACAUCUGUUGAAAGGAGGCAUGGACGGUGUUGCCCAUGUGUCUGUGCUACAAAGUAGAGCUGAAUCAGACCUCACUGAAAGAAUAUGUGCUGCCGUUGUAUACCUGUUUUAUUGAAUCGCUCCUGUAUCGUUUAUUUCAAUUCUGCCUCUGUUUCUCGAGUCUCCUCUAUGAUGUUUCUACUAUCUUCUCACGAUUCUCUCUAUCUAAUCUACACCCUAUGCUGUCGGACUUCGUUAG